UUUGUGCGCCGCGGGCACAGCCGUAGUCAGUAUCUGUGCUACCUAGACUAUAUUGAGUCUAUCUGUGAACAGUGCGGUUUCAAUGUGGCAAUGGACGUCAUGAGAAUUCCAUCAACAAAACGAGUGUGCCUAGUCGGACAGACGAGAUCAUACCCGCUGGAGGAUGAGCAGCACAUUGAACAGCAGCGUCAUCAGCUCAUUUCACACUGUCAGCAGCAGCCCAGCAAUGGUGGCAGUGCAGCAGCUUGUGUGAGCGAGUCAAACGCCGCUGCCGGAUCGCACGGGCGUGAUCACGCGAUGACAUGUGACGGAUGCAUCGCGGACAAAGCGCUUGCACCGUCACCUGGACUGUGUACCAAUGAAGGUGAACAGUCUGACGCCAAUGCAUCAGUUCCCUCGGCUAACGGCAGCAACGGCCAUUGCAUUUCAUCCAGCCAAUGUACUCAGGUUAACAGCAUUGGAUGCUGUACGGAGAUUUCUAACCCGCUGACAAUACCUGACACUAACAACCGAACACACCAGGAACCAGAAGCCACCAGCGGACUGCCACAGCCUUCGAAUGCUGCCGCACCAGCCGAGUCUUCAUCAUCUCUGGCGUCGUCGUCGUCAUCGCCACUGCCCUCCUCGCCAUGGCUCAAGGAUUUCACAGCACGCUCGGCAACGGAAGCAGUCCGUAAUGGAACUAAGCUAAGUCGUCACCUUGUCGACCAUAUUGUCAACACGGUUGUCAUGGCUAUUCUGGAUCGUGGAGACAAGGCGGCAACAUGGAAUAGUGGAGGUAAAAUUGCUACCCUUUUUCAUAUUGCUGUCCAUCUCUCUGUACGUCUCUCUCUCUCUCUCUCACUCUCUGUACUAGUCCAUCAGCCAAGAACUCAGAAGUCGUCAAAUUCAAGCACCCUGUUGCACUUAGAAAUCGAAUACUUGAUUUUGGCCUCAAUGGGGAGUUUAGGUACCCUGUACACCGAAUCCGCAAAUAAAAAGAGUAAACGACUUGCACGCUCUGCAGGGGGAAGCCGACAAAGUGACCAUUUUUGGCAUUUCAUCGACAGCCAUUGUUGUGACCUAAACCCAAUCUCCAAUCAGUGCCAUGCGCGUUUCAGAAAUGAACUUUCAGAUUUUUGUGAAUUACGGGAAAAACCUUGCAAAUCGAGAAGAUUUGCAGUGUAAACCAUUGCAGUUUCCGUAUUACACGUGUGCCUGGAUUCAAAUUACAAUAAAAUUGUUGUUCGCCUACUUGUAGAGUGUUGUUCCAUUACAUAUCUCUUUCACUGUUCUAUUUAAUUGAGCAUCCGAAUACAUACCUUCAGGAAGAUUACAAUGAGCUAGUAUUGAACAUCAUCCACCUUCGGGUUUCCGAAGUAUGCACCCCGAGUCAUGUCAAGCAGGUUUGAAGCGUAGUUUUUACUGUUUGGCAAAAGUGAUCUACGCUUCCACCCUGAAUGGAAUCGCCCCGGGAAGGUCCUGAUCCCUGGAAAAAUAAGGAACGUGGAGAGCUAAAAGUAAGGAAUCUGCGGCGAUGCAUGUUGUACAUCGAGUGAAUGCCCUGCAGUUCUCUUCUCCAUUACGACCAACUAGCAAACGCCAUGGCUCUGGAUGCUGACAGCAAACAGUUGAAAUAAAGGCAAGGCUGCUUUGAACAUGUUGCAACCAGGUAGUAGUACAGUUACAGUUGUACUACUUCGAAGUACUAUCUACCACACUCGAGAUCACCCAAAGAAUAAAGCGAUUGAA